GGGCCGGGUGGCCGGGGUCCCGGGCCCCGCAGCGGCGGCAGCGGCGGCGGCGGCAGGAUGAUCAAGCUGUUCUCGCUGAAGCAGCAGAAGAAGGAGGAGGAGUCGGCGGGCGGCACCAAGGGCAGCAGCAAGAAGGCGUCGGCGGCGCAGCUGCGGAUCCAGAAGGACAUAAACGAGCUGAAUCUGCCCAAGACGUGUGACAUCAGUUUCUCAGAUCCAGACGACCUCCUCAACUUCAAGCUGGUUAUCUGUCCUGAUGAGGGCUUCUACAAGAGCGGGAAGUUUGUGUUCAGUUUUAAGGUGGGCCAGGGUUACCCGCAUGACCCCCCCAAGGUGAAGUGUGAGACGAUGGUUUAUCACCCCAACAUUGACCUCGAGGGCAACGUCUGCCUCAACAUCCUCAGAGAGGACUGGAAGCCAGUCCUUACGAUAAACUCCAUAAUUUAUGGCUUGCAGUAUCUCUUCUUGGAGCCCAACCCUGAAGACCCACUGAACAAGGAAGCCGCCGAGGUCCUGCAGAACAACCGGAGGCUGUUUGAGCAGAAUGUGCAGCGCUCCAUGCGGGGUGGUUAUAUCGGCUCCACCUACUUCGAGCGCUGCCUGAAAUAGGGCUGGCGCAUACCCACCCCUGCCAGGGCCACCAGCCCCGGCGUCCCCUGCAGAUAUUUAUUGGGGGCCACAGGUGGGGGGACAAUGGGGCGGCCGGUGGGGGAAUCCCAUGCCCUGGCCGGCCACCCCCCCUGCUACCCGCUCCUAGUUUUUUUUUUUUAAACCACCAUGUGAUUAAGGUCGGCGCUGCCUCCCCCGACCCGCUCAGCGACGGGAAAUGAAUUGGCUUGUCUAGCCCCCCGCUGGGUGCUGUCCAGCCCCACCCCCUACUCUGGGCUCUGGGGUGGGUGGCCAUGGGGACUGGGUGGCUGGGGACCCGGCACCCCACCCCUCCACCACUGGAGGUCCCACCAGGCUAUUAAAGGGGAAUGUUACUGCA